AUGGACGUCGUCGCGCGCACGGUCGACCUCAGCCGCGCAAUCGUCGAUAUACUCAACAAAGAGACCAGUAUACGUAACGCGGCUGAGGAAAUUUUGGAAUGGCUUGGUCGUGAAAGAAUUGAUAAGCAGGAAUAUCAAUAUUGCAUUGAGGCCUUGAGAGCUCAAGCAUUUCCGAACUGCAGAGGGCUGGACAUAAAACAUCAGGUACAGUCAUCAGAAGAGAAGGUUCUUAGCGUCGCUGGGUUGAGACUGAAGCUUUCAACGUCUAUUGGACGAUGGAUGUUGAACGAUUCGAACUUCAUCUACGUCGUGACCACCGUGGCGGUGUGCAUGAUGUAUCACGACAUGGCAUACGCCGUGGAGGUACUGUGUAAUUUGGCCAUGGAUCAAAGCGACCAUACAAAAGGAGUUUCAUACCACAGAAGUCACUACCGCGUGCGCUUGAAGCCGGUAGUCACCAAAUUUGUGGACAGCAUUGCUUUAAAUGUUGUCAAUGCUGGACACGACCUCUGUUCCGCUUUCCCGAACGCAUUGAAAGGAGUCUGCAGUCAUCCAUUGGACGCGCCCCAACUAUCUGCUAUAAUCAAGGCUGUAUCAGUAGCGCAGAGCGACAUGAUAAUCACAUGCGAUCUUUUCCCGGGUGAUUUGGCUAUGUGGCUAUUGACACAUUUCCAUGGUGUCCUCGAGAUAUCGCUGAACGGAACCGUUGUGUUUGAGGAGCAGUCUGGGACCGACCCAUGGCGAGUCAUCUUGGUUGUCUACAACAAAUGUUCGGUAUGUCCGAAUCAACGUGGGGAUUUCAAGAAAAGCAACAUCAAGGUUGCGACCAUAGUCGAAGGAACACACUUCACUAUCAUAAACGAGAACUAUUGCUUUAAUCAGGAAACCAAACCCUCCACACGGCAAAAGCUCUACGAGAACGACUUGCUUGCUCACUGGCAAAGAGGCAUACUGUCCCGAAAUGAAGUCGCUCAGCUCAGAAUCGCUGCGAAAUCAAUGCUGCUAUGGCUUCUGCAGUUAAGAAUCUGCAUCAGCGAACAGAACCCUGUCUUCGUUGUUUCACAAGAGAAUGUUGCCUGCCGAGAAGAUGUCGGAGGCUCAACAGACGCUACCCACAAGAUAGAUACAUUCGAAAACAUGCUGGCCGGAUAUCCCACUAUACUACACAAGAAUUGGGGAGAGAUUGGAGGUAGUAAUCUUAGCACAGUCUAUGAACCACCACAAGAGCAUCAGGAAAAUGACAGUGAAGAGGAAAUGCAACAGACAUCGCCAAUGUCUAUUGCCCAAAUUCUGGAGUGCUUUCCUGUGGUAAGCUCCGUUUUUGAUUUGGUACAACAACGAUGCACAUGCAGUUCCUGCAAGUCUGCCAAGCCCCUCGGGUCUUGCUCCUUGGGCUGCCUAAGAGAAGCGGCACUUCACGAAUUACUUCUCCUCAUUACGCACGGUAUUACGGAAGCCUUUGGCGCACGGGACGUCUCUGGAUUAUGGGAUCCAAAUGCUGUGAGGGAUGCAGUCCGAGAAGUUUUUGAGGACAUUAUCAGGUAUUCGACUUUGCAGUGGGAUCGAUGGUUUCGCCUGGUGGCUCUGGUGUAUCUAGGAGGCAGCUUCAACAAGAUACCAUCAUCGUCAGAACGAAGCGGUUCCGGGGAAGAUUCAUCGGCAACUGUAGCAUACCAGCGUGGCUCACUCGUCAUUGCUGCCGCCUGGCUAGAUUUCUCGUCUGACCUUUCCGCUUGUCGAGCCUUUAGAGCAGAAUUCGGCGAAGGCCAAAUACGUGGCAUUAGCAGUGAAGAAGCAGAAGUUGAGUUGGAGCCGGGCAUAAGUCUAGAUGCAUUGAGCAAUUUCCAGCUCCACGAGCCCAGUGAUGAAGAUCUGACGGAGUGGGACGAUGGUAUGUGUUUAGUAGAGUCGGCUCUGAUUUCGACAGGAGACCGUUCGUACCGACUUCUCACGAUGCUGCGGUCUACAUCUCACCGUCGCCUCAUCGACCCCUUCAACGCGAUCCUUGGCUUGUUUCGAAGUCGAUACCCAAAAUGUGCGCACCCUCACCCUCAGAGAGUACCCAUUCUACAGCCUGGAAAAGAGUUGCACUUAGCAACGUUUGAUCACGUCGUGGGGACGUUGGGUAUCAAUCCAGGUGAUGUCGAUGAUCCGCCCGAACGGCGACCGAACACGAUUCGGGUCACUCAGCUUCUCGAUACAGUUAAGUCAAACGUAAUCCUUAGUCUCAGUCCGGAGGGGACUGUCAUAGUUGAGAGCUGUUGCUUAAGCUGCGCAUGUGGCGAAACGGACCGGCUUGCAGCCCCACCAUAUGUCAUACGGAAAGCUCCUUACAAUUCGAAAGCUUUGAAGACGUACGCGGCUGCAUCUAUAUAA